AUGGUAAAAAUUAAACACAAAAUAGAUCCUGCAAGUUUAAAAAAGAAAAAUCUAAUAAGGAUUUACCUAUCAAUGUUAGCAAACAAGAGUAGUAUAGAACAUUAUAUGUGGUCUCAUAAAAUUCAUGUGGCAGGUCUGUCCGAAACCUGGCUUAAAGAAGGUCACAAAUAUUUUGUCAAAGGUUAUCGGAUUUUCCGAGAAGACAGAGUUGACGGUUAUGGCGGUACUGCCAUUCUAGUCAAAGACAACAUAUUAUGCGAGAAAAUUAACCACCCAUUUCAGUGCCAUCUUAUCCAAAUGUGUGCAGUGAUUUUAAAAUUAGAAAACCCGGUAUGUAUUAUUUCAAUCUAUUGUGCGCCGAACUCUAAGGAAUAUUUCAAGAAUAUUAAAGAUUUAAUUGAAACUAUCUCCAUGCCUAUACUCAUAAUAGGGGAUUUAAACUGCAAAAAUUUAGCUUGGGGCAGUAACUCCAUUGACAGAGGAGGCGAGAUUCUAUACAACAUUAUUGAAGACCUAAACCUCACCAUAAUGAAUGAUGGAAGACCAACCACUAUCAGCACGGCAAGUAGGAAAGGAACGCCAAUAGAUCUCACUUUUUGCUCCAAUAAUUUAUAUGACAAAAUCCAGUGGGACAUUUAUGCGGGCAGCUUAGGAUCUGACCAUUUGCCGAUUAACAUUACGUUAAAGACUAAUUUUGAUGGAAAAGACUAUAUAUAUCCCUCUAGAAAAUGGAAUACUAAAGAGGCCAAUUGGAAUAAUUACGCAUGGGAAAUAGAAGAUAAGUUGAAAAAAGUGGUACUCCAUGAGGAUCAUAAGUCUAAAUAUGAUGCCAUUAUCGAGAUUAUAAACGAAGCAGCUGGUAAACACUUCAAGGAACGUAAAACAGUGGCAAUUAAACAAUUUAAACCCGCUAUCUGGUGGGACGAAGAAUGUGAAAAUCAGAUCAGAAACUCAUCUAAGCCUCGAGUCGCUAGCUCAUUCUUCGAAGACAUGCUAAAAAUGUUCGUUCCAGACUUGGUCUCCAACGAAAUCAAUCUGAAUUUUGCAAAUAAUCUCGAAAGAGAUCCCGAUGACUUAAAUUCUCCUAUCAGACUAUAUGAAUUUGAUAAUAUAUUAAAAAAUAAAAAAGACAGCGUGCCAGGAAUGGAUAAUAUCUCAUACAUUAUGUUAAAGAAGAGCCCCAUAGCAUUAAAAUGUUUAAUCAUAGAGGUAUUUAAUUCAAUUCUUUCUACAUGCUGGAUUCCAGAGGACUGGAAAAAAAUUAUAAUUAUUCCCAUCUUGAAACCGAAUAAAGAUCCAUUGUCGAUAGAAUCCUACCGACCUAUCUCUUUAUUAUCAUGCUUGAACAAGACAUUUGAAGCCAUCGUCAAGAAUAGACUGGAGUGGUAUUUAGAAAACAAGUCUCUUUUCAAUCAUAACCAAUUUGGCUUUAGAAGAGAUCAAGGCACAAGUGACCUCUUAAGUACCUUAUCUAAUGACAUUCAUAUAUCCAAUUCAAAUAAUAGAUACGUGUUAUUGUUAGCGACGGAUAUACACAAGGCUUACGAUAAUGUUGAUCAUAGCAUUUUACUUAACAGACUUAAGAAGUUGAAUAUUCCCCAUAAUAUUAUAAAAGUGAUAAUUCUUUUACUAACGAAUAGGUUAUUUUAUGUAAAAUACAAAAAUAAAUUAAUAGGUCCCAGAGUAGCUCUAACAGGCUUACCACAAGGAUCGAUUUUGAGUCCAUUAUUAUUUAAUAUUUACAUGUCGGAUUUUUCUGCAGGAACCCAAGACGACGUUAGGAAACUACAAUAUGCUGAUGAUUUAUUUUUGUAUAUUUCUUGCAACUCGCUUGAGGAAUGCAUUCACAAAAUAAAGCGGUCGAACACAGGUGUCUCAGAAUGGAUGAGGUCCAACCACCUAAACCUUUCCUUGAUCAAAACAAAGGGCAUCCUGUUCACUAGGCACAGAAAAUUCCUUUACCCUCAAGAAAUCAAUAUGGGAAAUUGGAACUGUAAGAUAGACGAUAGUCUGAAAAUUUUAGGGGUUAUCUUUGAUAAAAAGAUGACCUUCCGGGCGCACGUUGAAGAGGUGGUCAAAAAAUGUGAAGUAGGUAAGAACAUCAUAAGAAGAUUGGUUGGAACUGACUGGGGAGCCCACCCAAGUGCAUGUUUGGCUAUCUACAAAUCCAUAAUUAGAUCUCAUAUUGAUUACGGAUACAUCAUUUACGGAGGAAUCUCAACUAAUAUACAAGGAAUGUUAGAUAAGGCUCAACUCUCGGCUUUAAGAUUGUGUUUGGGAACUAUAAGGUCAACACCUCGCAUUGCCGUUUUAGCGGAAGCCGGGGAAGCUCCAUUGAAUAUCAGGAAACAAAUAUUAACCAAUAGAUUUUUAAUUAAAAAAUUCAACUCGGAUUCAGCUCGAAUCCUGAAGCAAUUGGAAGAAUUAGCUGUUCUGCAUUUUAGAGCAAACUAUUGGAAAAACAGACCUACACCUCCAUUAAUAACUGGCUUUUAUAAUUUGAAACCUUUAGAAGACCUAAUAAUUACAAAUGACAAACUUCCGUAUCAUAGUCAUUCUUGGAAAUACUCAUUUACCAAGAAAUAUAUAGGAUUGAAUGAUUUCAACUAUACGACACAUAAUUCUAACAAAAAUAUAAUAAACUGGGAGUUUGACAAUUGGUUAGAUACGGAAUGGAAAGAUUUUACGGUUAUCUACACCGACUGUUCCAAGUUAGGAAAUAAAGUUGGAUGUGCUGUGUAUGCACCUAAUAGAGAUAAACAUUUACAAUUCAAUUUACUGGGUUUUGCCUCAGUCUUUUCGGCAGAACUUACAGGUAUUACUGCUGCCUUAGACUUCGUUAUACAAGAAAAGAUUUCAAAAACCAUAAUCCUAACUGACAGUAAAUCUGCACUUCUGGCUCUAAACCAUCCUAAACAAAAUUGCAAUUUUUUAAUAUUUGACACUAUCCACAAAAUAGAAAGCAUCUUAGCAAAUAAAUAUGAGUUCAAAUUAGUAUGGAUAAAAGGGCAUUCCAACAUUCGUGGAAACGAAUAUGUGGAUGGACUUGCAAAAGAAGCCUGUUUAUCAGUUUUUCCUUCAAGAAAGGCUCCUGCGACUGAUCUUAAAAGCUGGGUAAGGAAACAAGGAUUAAGGUUAUGGCAAAAUGAAUAUGAUAUGGAAGACAGAAAAGGAACCUUAUUUAAAUUUUGCAAACCAAAAGUGUCUUUCAGUACAUGGUUUGCCAAAUCCAGAAUGUUGAAGAACUUUGGUACUGACAGAAUUUGUAUUGAUGGUAGUCAUGGGACGAAUGGCUAUGGGUAUCGACUACAAACACUGCUUGUGGUAGAUGAAUUUGGAAGCGGCAUACCAGUCGCAUUUUGUUUUUCAAAUAGGCAAGAUGAGUUGAUGUGUAAAAUAUAUUUCAAAGAUAUUUAUAAGGUGUUAGGUAUACUUGAAACAAAGGUAUUCAUAACAGAGGAUGCUCCAGCUCAUUUUAAUGCAUGGUCAUCUGUCAUGGGUGUGCCACAGCAUAAACAUUUAUGCUCCUGA